UGAUCCUGGUUGCCAGGCAGUCAGAGUCAGACACCUAUGGUCAGACACAUCAUGACGACACCGGAAACGACGUGUGGCUGCAGCCAUUUUUGUGACAAUUUCAGGACAACAGGACUAGGACAACAGUUUCAGGCUGAGCCGUAAUACACAACGAAGUUGCACAGAAUUAUGGCUGAAAGCCCGAGACACAUCACGAUUCAGAAAAAUCAACCGUACCCGAAGUUGGAGAAAUGCACAAAAUGUUGCAACAAAUUUCAUUGUCCCUUUUGUGCGACCAGUGUGUACAAGCCCUCCAGACGGAGCAAACUCGAAGUACAUCUGAAAGCCCACUGUAGAAGAGCAUUCGUUCUUGGAGAAUAUACCACACAUAGAUGUGGACUCCGCUGUAGAAAGGCUCUCCAUUUCCACUGUAUGUACUGUGAGGCGACAAUUUUGAGGAGAGAAUGUUUUAAAAACCAUUUAGAAGUGUGUAAACAGAGGCCACAUUCUGAAUCAGACACCAAAAUGUUGCCAAGCCCCAAUACGACGGUGACCUCUCCGACUUUGGCAAACACCGCUCCAGCCAUCAGUACACCUAAGACUGUCCCUACAGUCAAAUGCACACCGUCCAGCACUGUGACAGCGACCGCUCCAACAAUAAUAAACACAUCGCCAUCGACCACCACCAGUACGUUGAAAGAUGCGACACUCUGUGAACCAACUCUGAAUGCUCUGCCUAUCACAGACCCACCAUCAAACAUCAGUUCUAACAGGAGUCGGACACGGCCGAUUGUUAAAAUCACAUGCCCAAAGUGUCAUAUCAUCAUUAAUAAAACCAACCUACAAAAGCACAUUGAGCGCAAACACCCAGACGAGUCAGUCUUUGGCACCGAUGAAACGUUCCAGCUGACAACCCAGUGUGUUGAUGAAACAAACGGGAUAUAUGCUGUUAUCAAAGUCGUGAAAGGUAACAGCUUCCCGGUUCAUGUAAAAUACCAGACAUGGGGAGAAAACCGAACCGUUUGCGAAUCAAAUGAGUGCCAGGUCAACAUAAAUAUUGCACAGAAGAGCGGCAUCCCAUUGUACCAGUGCAUGCAUAUCAGUGCCGCGAGCAUGUGCAAGUCUUUGGCGGAUCAAGUCUCGCUCAAGGAAGACGUUUUAACAGAAAUGGUGAGAGGAAAAUGGUUCAGCAACAAAAAGAAAAGGCAAUGCCUUGCUUUGCAACAGCUUGCCGAUAGUAAACACGCACCACUUUCUGUUCAAACCUCGACUGACAUCUCAUCGGUACAAAAGUUCAUUUCUGUAUUCGAGCCAAGUGUGUCGUCUUAUAGUACUUUAGGGCGCGUCAUGGUUGUUUACAAUGCACCAUUGAACACAUGGACUUGUCCCUGUACCAGAUUUCAGCAUUCAUGCAUGCACAAAUACAUUGCCAAAUGGCAUCUGUUUCAAACGCUUCCUGAGCUGUUUAGUUCGCCACACAGCAUCCCACUUUCAGAAGAGGACAGCGUCUCGGAAAACAAUCAUGUGUAUCCACCGAGAGGUCUGGGAUUGGAGUAUAUGGUGAAUUACAUUCUUCAGCAUAAGAAGAUUCCUGCUGUUCUUCCCGAAGAAAUGCGCUUGCCGUCUUCACACAAGGAUUACCCACAAAGCCUUUGUCCACAUGAAACCGUGUGUCAGGAAUGUCCAGGCGAUGUCCCACUCAGCGAUCCGAUUUUAAUUACACAGAAAGCCAAAAUACUGACCAAUUGGUGCAUUGUUGAAGAUGUCAGCACCUUCUGCAAGCAGUGCCCUCAGUGUGGGAUAUUUUAUCGAUACCAGGAGUGGAAAGACCGUCUGCAUAACUUCAAUGAUCACGUCAUCCUUGACUUUCCUUUAUGCAUAACCUUAAGGCAUCUUCUACAGGUCUACACUUCGGUAAGCCGAGCAGUGGAGUAUUUACAGUUAGUGACCGGUGUGGAGUUUCCACCUCCAGACACAGUCCUGCAGGCAUAUUUACAGUUUGAAGCCCUCACAGAUCAUGAGUACAAGUAUUCAUGCCCCAGCUGUGGUGAUCAUCCUCCAGUGGUGAUCAUGGGUUUUCACAAACACAGCGAUUCUCUGUUAUCAGAAAAUGACAUUGAAGAACCUCCAGAGAAUUUUAAAGGAGAGGUUAAUCUGGAGACGUUCUGGGAGACGCUGUCCAAAGAGAUCAUUUGUCAAGGACUUGUUACAGAUGACAGUCAAAAUCCAUUUACAGUACCACCAAAUUAUCACUUUUGGGCUCCUUGGAUAGGUAAAAAAACACGACAUUCAGACACGGUGUUAAACACAGAAUUUGAGAAAGUUUGUCCCUCGAAGUCUGCAAUGGAGAUUUCAGAAGUGGCAGUUACAGAGGAGAGACUUGCAGAAGAACUUUUCAGACAGAAGGCUGAUGUGAUUAGAAGUUUAUGCAAUGACUGCGGUGUGGAUUCGACUGGAUCACGCACUGAUCUGCUUCUAAGAUUGGCCAAUGAUGUGAAAUCCAGGGAGAACUUUGGCAAAAUCUGUGCAAAAUUCUGGAGUGCCUCUGGUGGCUGGGGAUUCAUCAUGUGCCCCUGUGGAAUCGUUUACAGUCUCAAAUGCAAUCUUCGAGCUGAAAGCCCUCGAGACUUCGCUGAUUUGCUCUUAUCAUGGCAGCACAUGCCUAACGUCAUCGUUUAUGAUUUUGCACAGGGUCUCGCCACUCACAUGAAUCCGAAGGCAUCAGAAAAGAUGCUGAUCUCUCCAUUUGAAGGACGCUUAAUGGAGCCCACUCAGGAUAACAUAGAGCUGGCGAAGCGUGGACAGCUUAAAGUAUCACUUCCUUGGCUGGAGGAAAAAAUGCCAAUGGCAGAUCCUCACGGUCACCCAGUGACUGGUUCAGCUGACCAUUAUAUACUUUAUCAGGAUAGCAUCAGAAAAGACAGUGAAGAAGAUUCUCUGAGAAAACUCACACUCGUGCCUCAGCUGGAUGGCAAAGUUAGUGGUGAAACUGCAGAACAACUGUUGGCUAAACUCAGGGAAAACUGCUGUUUCUUGAACAUGUCUCUGCCAUCGAUUCAUCUGUUUCAAAUGAGGAACUUCAUUCACCACUAUAAUGAAAACAAGGCCCAGAAAGUGAGCACCAGAUUGGCGCAGGGUUGUGAAUCUAGCUUGAUGCAGACUGAUGUGUUCGAGCAGGCUGUGUCAGAAAAUCCAGGAGAAACCAAGAAUACAGAUGUGAUUGAGGACUCAAUCCUGACAUCUUUGGAGGAACUGAGCAGCCCUUGACUGGGCCUUCUGAAACAGCGUUGUGAAGGGGACACUUUACUGUCAGUGGGCGCCGUCUUUUGGAUGGGACAUUGAACUGGCGUGCUGACUCUCUGUGCUCAUUAAAAAAUCCCAAGGCAUUUUUCGUAAAGGGUAGGGGUGUAACCACAGUGUCCUGGCCAAAUUCACUCCAUUGGCCCUUACCCAUCCUGGCCUCCCAAUCAUCCUCAUCCACUGAAUUGUCCUGUGGUUGCCGUCAAAUCAUCCAAUGGUGGUGGUGGUGUGCAGCAUCCCUUCAUGAUUGUGAAGCGCUUUGGGUAUAUGACCAUACACAAUAAAUGUGCUAUGUAAAUACGCACACUGCAUUACAAUGUU